AUGCAUAAACAGGGCAUGUGGAAAGCAAUGCACACCGUGCGACCACUGCGGCCGUGUCAACUGCGAACAUGUGUAAAGCUUGUGACGUCGUUCCAAGCUCGGUCGUGGGUGAGCUCGAGCCCAUUUCAAUCUACAAAGGACCCGCGGAGCGAGUUGGUAAGAGCAUGUCAAUGUGGGCAAGCCGAGCCUCAUGCGGCAGCCGUCACUGGAAUCCAGAACUUGUCAGCACUUCCAUCAGACAAAGUCGAGGAGGUCGGUAAAAAGAACAUGCAGCUCAGGAGCAUACUGAACCGGACUCAAUGGCCGAGCUUGACGUGUUUUGAAGCAAACGGUCGCAUGUACGACUUGCCUCUGCGAACGUCUUGUGCUGAUCCGGGCACAGCCAAGGAUGCCACACUUCGCUUGUUGGCUGGGUUCUUCGACGGGGAUGGCUGUGUAUCUUGUCAUUCGAACUUCUCACUAUCUGGAUGCACAUUGAGUGUAAGUCAGUCCUUUGAUCAGGCUGAAGUUCUGAUGUUGCUCCGCAACACGUUCGGCGGAGCAAUCACCGCUGACAGGAUGGUUGGGGUGGGUCUGUGCAAACCUGUUCUUCGGUGGAGGGUAUGUGGCCAGUCAUGUCGAAGAGCUGCACGGCUUUUGGCACCACACAGCAUCACCAAACAGAAACAGCUGCUGCUCGCUGCUAUGUGGCCUGAGUCGAAAGCCCAGAGAGAGGAGUGCAAGACUCAUCUGCGCAGCUUGAAAGACUAUGACUCCGCAGUUGCUGGCACAUGCAGCUGGGAAUACCUUGCUGGUUUCUUCGAUGCGGAGGGUUGCAUUCACCAGCGUAGAGGUGCAGCGUCGCUUUCUCUGAUCAUCACACAGAAGUAUCCAACGGUGUUGGAAUGCCUUCGAGAGUUCUUGGAGCACAACAGGCUUGCCGAUGUGUCAUGCCGCGUCCGCGCUUGCGCACGCAUGCAUGAACUCGCUAUUCAUAGCUUACCCGCUUGCAAGCAGGUCUUGCACCACCUUUUGGGUGCUGGGUUGCUUGGCAAAGCGAGGCAGGCCGCACUGGCUGUCACCCUCACAAGACAGAAUGCAGCAAGCAUCCGUGCAGAGUUGGCCGAUCUGACUGGUAAUCAGCAGUUUGCAAAGCGACUGGACAAUGCUGGAUAUGCGAGGGCUCGUAGGAUUAAAGCUGCACGGCAGCAGGUUGCAUGCUUCGAGCGUCGAGGGCAACGGCAAGAAGCUGAAUCCAAACAGUACGAGAUUGAAGUUUGGCGGCAUGAGCACAAGCUUCUGAACGGACGGCGUGAGAACGAACAGUUGCUUGAAUACAUCCGUUAUAUCCAGAGCUUGCACGACUCAAACUGUCGGAGCUCGGUCGCCUAUAUAACAUGA